AUUUCUGUCGUUUUGCAGGUAAAUAGUAACAAGAAUCAUGGGAUACUUCUCGAGGUCGUGCAAGUGAUCACAGACCUUAAUCUAAUUGUCAAGAAAGCAUACAUUGCCUCUGAUGGUGGAUGGUUUAUGGACGUGUUCAAUGUUACGGAUCAACAUGGAAACAAGAUUGAAGAUGAAGUGGUCCUCGAUUAUAUCAGAAACGUUCUAGUCUCAGAAUCAAGCAUCCCAGUAUCGACUGAAUCCACGGGCCUCAAUCCCUCCACAGAACACACGACAAUUGAACUACUAGGAAGCGACAGGCCUGGCCUUAUCUCGGAUGUGAGUGCAGUGCUAACUGAUCUCGGUUGCAACAUAGUGAAUGGAGAGGUCUGGACCCACAACACCCGAGCAGCCUCCUUGAUCCAAAUCACGGAUGCUGAUACGGGGUCUGCCAUUUCUGACCCAAUACGGCUAUCCAAUCUCAAGGAGCUUCUCAAUAAUUUGCUCAACUGUAAUGAUGAGUCUAGGAAUGCCAAGACCAUGGUCUGCCAUGAGGUCCGCCACCCUACGAGGUGGCUCCACCAGAUGAUGUUAAAUGAUCGGGAUUACGACUGUUCUGAUCAUGAUAAACUCUCAGAUCAGGAUGAGGAGAAAAGGCUACCGACAGUAGAAAUUGAUAAGUGGCGGGAUAACGACUACUCGGUGGUUAUCAUUAGGAGCAAAGAUAGGCCAAAGCUUCUAUUCGAUACUGUCUGUACAUUGAUAGAUAUGGGGUAUGUGGUUUUCCACGGAAAUGUUGAUGCGGAAGGUCCAGAAGCUUACCAGUUGAUGUAUGGAUCUUCGAAGGAGUAUUAUAUCAGGCACAGAGACGGGCAACCUUUGGAAACGGAUGGGGAGAGGGAGAGGUUGAUGAAGUGCCUCAGAGCCGCCAUCAGGAGAGGGGUAUCCGAGGGUUUGAGGUUAGAGCUCUGCACAGCAGACAGAGUCGGCCUUCUCUCAGAUGUGACCCGGAUUCUCCGAGAGUACGGCCUCACGCUCACGAGGGCAGAAGUCACAACAGAUGGAGGGAAGGUGGCGAACACGUUCUAUGUUCGGAAUGCAUUGGGAUGCCCCGUUGAUUCCAGGACCAUAGAUUCCAUCAGGGAAUCGAUCGGGAAGUCUGAACUCAAAGUGAAAGGCAGUCCUGAGGACGAGAUCAGGCCUGUCGCUCAGGAAUCUCCUACAAGAGCGGGUUAAGCUUUCGCGCGUCCGUGUGGGGAUUCACACUACGACAUGCCAGAGUGUGGAACUUGUGGCCAAUGAAGUCCGAGUCCGAAAGUGAAAGCCCAGCUCGCAGUUGGUUCAACCCCACUCCCCCGAGUGUGGAAGAGAAAGCCCACCUCGAGGUAGUUAAGGCCCCGAGUUUGGAAGAUAGGAGAACCCAACUCAAGGUAAGUUGUUGAGGGCGGGUAUUUUAUGUGUUCACGCUGCACGUGUAGGUAAAUGGUAAGAAAGACCACACGGUGCCACGUGAGAGCGGGUGUUGAGAGAGAUUGUUCUACACGUAAAAAUUAAAGAGAAAUCAACGGGUUUAUAAGAGAUUGGGUUUCACAAUCUAUCAAGCUUUUAGGUUAAAGAUUGGCCCAAUAACUUAUAGUGCAGUGAA